UCCUCCAGACUCUGGCCAUUUGCAUAUGUCAGCAUUUCAAGCCACACAGAGUCAGAGCCACUCCUUAUUGGUUCUCCCGAACGCUACGAAUGCAGGGCGCGUCCCACUAUCGGAGAACGAGGAUGGGAAUGGCCUUGACGAGCGACGGGGAGAUAUCCUGUCGCCCCAUGUUUGAGUCAUCCACCUUCGGCUUGGUAAAGCUUGUCCAGAAUUGAGUUCGCGGCUCUGGCGAUGCUGAGAAAUGCUUUACCCAGAAGUCAGGGAAUGCACGGUCCGGCUAUGGCUUGGUCGGGUGGGUUGGAGGAGCGGGACAGGGUCUCGAGGUAUCUUGAAUGACUAUAAAGGCAACUUUCUCUUCUUCUUAUUUCUGUUUCUCUCACUUUCAAACUAUCUUGUCAGUUGAUGUGAUAUACACCUGAACACUUGGUGCACCCAGAACUAGAUCUUGCUACCUUUCAAAGCUAUCACCACGAUAUCAGGUUUUACGCAGAGCCUUUUGAUAAUCAAGCUUAUUAUAAGGAGUGCCCUGAUACAUUCUUAUCCUGAAAUCUAUUCCGAGUCCGGAGUGAUCCUGAUAUAUCCCACAAAACAAAACACAACCGAGCACCUUCUUCUCCAAGGGGACUAUUCCAGCUCACCAGAUCACCUCCUUACGAUGGCUGGCAACUUAACUGACUUCACUCUCAACUAUUAUCCGGCGGUCGCCAAUGCAAAAGAUGCGUCUUCGCUUCCAACGCCACGCCGAAAGUCAACAGACAGCUCAUCCUCUGCAUUCUCGAGUGUUUCAUCUCUCAAGGCAAUGGUUCAACGAUGCAGACUGCAAGAGUCCUUGCUAAGUCCGAAGAAGCCCAAGGCAUCAACGUCAACAACCCGAGCCGUAACGAUGGAAGCACGUGCUACGUAUUUCGCGUUGAGAUAAAUGGGACUAUGGCGUUGGUGCUCAAAGCUUUGAUCGAUUAAUUUACGGCUUAAAAGUAAUGAAUUUGCCUUAUCUUUUCUUUUCUUUCCUUUUUUUUUUUUUUUAUCGCGGGAGUUAAAGAGCGAUGACACCUUCAUGGGAGCAUGCCAAAUUUUUGAGAAAAUGGUGGAGUGCUUUCGAGUCAUGAGACAGAGAGUUUCUUUUCGUGGAUACCCUGUAUCAAUUUUUAGAAUUUGUGAGCAAGCUGAGCUAUUUCUUCAUUCUUGAGGCCUAAUUGAGAUUAAUUCAAAAUUUAAAUUUCUUAUG